UUUGCGUGUUGGGAAUCGGCCUCAAAAAAUCGGCUUCCCGCUGAGGCAUCGCCUGCAUCUGAGGCUGAGCCAAAGCUUCUUGUGUUAACUGAGGUCGAUAGAUUUUUUGUUGCGAUAACCCUGGAAGUAGCGGAUGGAGCUGUUGCUGCGGAAUCUAGAACAAAACAUAUUAGAAAAUUGCCAUAUUCCUGCAAAUUAUAAAAUUAGGUGUCAAGAACGAUGUUGUGAGAUUAUUUGGCGAGAACACGAUGUUUGUAGCGGUUUUGCUUGUGUUGCAAUUUUUUGCCUCCGUUUUUGGGGCCAAUCGCGAGCUGUUACCAUCGGCAGCCCCAAACAAUUUGACGUUAUUAGAAAUCCAAAAACGGCAAGUUUUGAUCGAGUGGGACCCCAUUGACCCUGAAACAGUCCGUGGAAAUUUCAAAGGGUAUUUAGUCCGGACCUGGAACCACGCCGGAAGUCUAGUUUACGCAUUUCCCCCUGACGUAACAAGGGCCAAUAUUGACUUUUUUCCAUUUUCGAAGAACUUCAUAACGGUUUCCGUCCGUAAUGAGAAAUACGUGGGGCCCCCGAGUGACGCAAUCAGUUUCGAUGCUCCUCAGCGAGAACCCCAAAGUCCCCCAACUCUCCAUAUUUUUACUUUAAGUAAUAAAUCGGUUUUGAUUCGGUGGAGUAAACCUAACCAACCUAACGGGAUCCUCCUAGGUUAUAAAAUCUAUUGUCGCGAAAUAGAUGAAUCGUUCCCAGAAACCAAGAGGGAAGCCUCUCAUCAAAUCAAUGAUCCGGACAAAUUUCAAGCUAAAUUAACUGGACUGGAAGAAGGAGUAAAAUACCAGAUCGGCGUUUCUGCUGUUAACUGUGCCGGAGAGAGCGAUGUAACAACUGCAGGUAUUGUCUUAGGAGCCCACACCCCGGUCGAACCUUUCCCGUCAAGAUUUGUGUACAAAACUAAUUAUUCGACGCUAAACAGGGAUGAAAUGUGUUACAAAACGGCUUCAAUCGCUAUUCCUACUCAAGAAGUCGAGGAAGGGGAUGAUUAUGACGAUUAUUUGCUUUAUAAUAACACCAAUUUUCAUAAAGAAGUAACCCCCAAUCCUGUGAAAAGCGACUACGAGAAAAAUUGUUUGGUCGAUUGUCUAGUGUUGUGGAUGCCUGACGUCAGUAAUAAUCCGGGUGAAUAUUUUUAUUUGAAAUAUAGAGUGAAGGGUGAAACGGAAUAUAUGAUCACGGAACCGGAAAUGAGUGAAGAUUUUAUUUUAUUACACAAUUUUGACGCUUGUAAGAAAUAUGAAAUGAUUAUAGUUGCAGUUGAUGGUGAUUUCAGUACUGAAAGCGGAACCGUGUUUACUCCCCCAAAAUUGUAUUCAAAUAUUUUAUAACUAAUAAUAAAUUUAGAGUUGUGAAAUAGAUAAAUUUCUUUUUUAUUUUAAU